UCCUCCUUCCUCAGGACAGUGUCCAGCCCAGACCCAGCAGGCUUCACCCCUGGUGGCCCACCCUUGGGAAAGGUCAGCAUCAGCACCAUGAAAGUCGCCCUCACGGCUGCCAUCUUCGCAGCUCUUGUAACUGCCACUGCAGAAUCCCUGAGUUGUGUGCAGUGUAACUCGUGGUCAGGAUCCUGUGCCAAUGAGAACGCCAAACCGUGUGCUACAGAAGCUAACACCAGCUGCUUGAGUUCCUCGGCCAACUUCUCUCUAGGAGAAUUCCUCAAGCUGUACCAGGGCAUGUCCUGCUCAGGACAGAACUGCACGCAGGAGCUGGACCCCUUCACUGUCCACGUGGCUUCUGGAGAGCACGUCCACUUCGCCAGCCAGUGCUGCCAAGGACAGCCCUGCAGAAAUGCCAGCCAUGUUCUGGUCCCUGCCCCAGAUGACGGGUCCAGCAACACCAUGUGCCCUGCUUGCUAUGGACUCAACACGACUUCCUGCAGCGAGAAGACCCACAGGUGUAGUUGGGGACAGCAGUGUGUCCAGAUAGAGGUGGAAUUCAUAAAUGGCCUCGAAGUUCAGUACCUCCUGCUGAAAGGCUGUUCCGACAUCAGUAACUCCACCUGUCAGCUCCUGGGCACUGCCAACCAGACAGUCGGGGGAGUCGUCUUCCGACAGGUCCAGUGUUCACAAGCCUCCUUAGUUCCCAACACCAGCGGCAGCUUCAAAGCCUCCCUCAGCUCCUGGGUCCUUGGUAGCCUCCUCCUGCUGGGGCUGCUGCUCUGAGGUUCUGGGCCUCUGCCUUACUUGGGGACAUGCCCACCCUUCUGUUCUCCUCCCUCUUCCUUUAGCUUAAGUUACAGGGCCUCUGGGUAAUGCCAAGGGCCACCUUGACUUCCAUGAUUAAAGCUUUAGUUUAUCAUCUGCCAAAUCCGUCCUGAUGCAUUAUGGGCUGGGGUUGGUUUGAGCACCACUUCCCGCCUCUGAGCUGGAAGCAGAGCUUGCUGUUGAAGUAGGUGCAUGUUUGUCUCAGGACCUGGAGUGAAGUGGCACCCCCGUUUCUCCACAGAAAAGUCUUAACUGGGCCUCUCCAGAAAUCUUCACCACGGCUGAUUUUAGGACUGUCAGCAAAAGAGUCUCUGUGAGAGUCCAAUAUAGAUAAGCUUCCUAUUUUCAUGUCGCCCUGUUUACUUGGCCACUGGCUGAGAAGACACCAGCACUCCAGGUAUUAUACUGGAUACGUUUUUCACAAAUGUAUCCAGUAUAGUACUUUGAAGAAAUGUGCAACAAGGCCUCUGGCCUUGAGCUGGGCUUCA